UAAAACUCCAGGAAGGCGCAACAACAGGGCAGUUGUGUUAAAGCUUCUUGAUAAGAAUUAUCACACUGUAGUCAUGUCCUGGGCGGACUACCAAGGCUAGCACUUUUAUUGUUAUUUAACCGUUUUUUUUAACUAAACCCGAGUUAUUUAAGGGGGUUAAAGGGUAAUUUGACGUUAAAGUGAGCUUCCUUGAACGCUGGUUAAGCAAGCCGAGGACGCCGAAGGUGGAAAACAUCGUCAAGGAAAGGUUGACAUCACAACCAUCGUUAACAGGGCAGCUCGGAUCAACUUUUCUGGUUACUCUUUACGGACUUGGACGAUGUCUCUGCUCGACCAGAGCCAGCAGUCGUUCCCGACGAGUGCCCUGGUCACGGUGCAUCAGGCUCGGAACCUGCGGGUCAAGGGCAAGAAUGGCACCAACGACGCCUACGCCAUCAUCCAGGUGGCCAAAGACAAGUUUUCUACGUGCGUGGCCGAGAAAAGCGUGGCCCCGGUGUGGAAGGAGGAGGCUUCGUUCGACCUGCCGCUCUUCCACCCGGGGAACGCCGAGCGGUGCACGCUGUACGUCAUCGUCAUGCACCGGGCCCAGGUGGGCCUGGACAAGUUCCUGGGCCAGGCUGUGGUGAACCUGGUGGAGCUGUACGACAACAAGUCCCGCAAGAAAACCGACUGGUUCAGGCUGGUGAACAAGGAUAAAAAGGAGGACAAGGUGCGAGGAGAAGUGCUGUUAGAUAUCCAGUUUAAGAGAAACAACAUGUCCGCCAGCAUGUUUGACAUUUCUGCGCAGGACAAACCUCGCUCUGGCAUCUCGAAACUGAAGGACAAAGUCCGUGGAAAGAAAAAGAACGGCUUGUCCGACUCUGCUUCGGCUAUCGUUCCCUCUGUGAACCAGGUCCUCACUGACAGCGAGGGAGAAGCUGAGACACAGUCACUCAGUCAGUCUCCACAAGGAAAGAAGAAAUCUAAAAUCAAAACCCUCUUUGGCCCUAAAUCAAACUUGCAUCGGAACAUCUCGCAGUCGAUGUCUACACUUGGGUCACUGCCUGAAAAGAAUUCAUCUCUCAGCAGCAGCCGCUCCUCUGGCCUCAAUGUUGAUUCUCCUGAAGGAAAAAAGAAAUUCAAAUUACUGGGACACAAGCGAACUGGCAGCUCUGACAGCAAGGUGUCUCUGGGUGCUUUCUCCUUACUGGGCCGCUCCAAGCAGGCCACCAGUGACCACAACAACCUGUGCAUCAAUGGCAACCAUGUCUACGCCGAGGAGGCAGAAGCUAAGAGUGGAUCUACACUCAGUCUAAAUAGCUCUGGCCAAGGCUCUAUGGAGGAUGUCCGCAAACACACUUCUGAUCCCUUUGCAGAUUCCACCAAAAGUUCAUCUGCCCCAUUUUAUAGACAUGAAUCAGAUAAAGAAAUGGAGCAACAGCACCAUCAAGAGGAGGAGAUGAGAAGGCUGGCUGAGGAGAAGCGCAUCGCAGAGGCAAAAAGGCUGGAGGAAGAGGAGAAAUACCGGGCCGAGGCCAAGAGGCUGCAGGAGGAAGAGCAGAUCAGACAACAAGAGGAACAGGAGAGAAGACGAAGAGUCAUAGAAGAUGAAGCAAGAAAGAAGAAACAGAAGGAGGAGGAAGAAGAAAAGAGAAAACAAGAAGAGGAGCGCAGGAUGCUAGAAGCAGCCGAAAACCAGAGGCUUGAGGAGGAACGUCGAAGAGCUGAGGAGCAGAAACGUCAGGAGGAGUCCUCCAUGAGUGAUAGAUUGUCUUCUCUGUUUGGGAUGAUCAGAGGGAAGGAGGAGAAGAAGGAGGAGGUACAGCCACAAACUAAAGAGGAGCAGCUUCCCACCCCAGCCCCUCUCACAGUGUCAAAAGGUCAUGAUCAGCCUUCCUCCCGUCACUCCACUAACCCAUUUGAAGAUAUUCCCCUCAGCUCAGAUCUUCCACCUGUCGGUAAUCAAAGUCCACCUGAUCACCAAAAACCCAACCCACAGAACCCCUCUGCCAUGAUGUUCCUCAACCGCUCCACUAAAGUGUCUGCAGUCAAGCCCAGAUUGGCUCAAAAUUUGUCGUCCGAACCUGCUGACUGCCAAAGUUCCAGUCAGUUCGGUCCUUCCCCAGCUCACACUGAGUCUACCCACUCAAGUGCUCCUUCAGAGUCCCCUGAAACGUUCUCCGAUCUACUUUUAUCGUUGGCUUCAUCAGACAUAAACCAGGGCCAGUCAGGUUCUUCUCACAGCAGCACUGAGAAUUUGUCAUUGGUGGAUUCUGGAGGAUCUUCACCCAUCAUGGCAGAUCAGAAGAGAAAACCUCCUUCAUAUCCUAUUAAAAGAAACCAGAGUAAAGGAAAUCCAGGUCCCGUCAGAGAGAUCCAAAACCAUACGUAUGAAGAGGCAAAUGGGUCGCAGCAAGAAAACAAACCCUCUUUACCUCUUCCCGAUUAUGAGACACUUUACAUCAAAAAGAGACAUGGAGUGCAGGGGCAAAUUCGGUGGGACAACCUAAUCGCUGAAGUUAAUCAGAAACAUAAAGAGUACCCUCCUGAGCUUAUGGGUCCUGAAAUGAGUGUGGAUGGCCCAGCAGAGGCUGCUCCAAAUCCUAAGUUGUCUAUAUCUCAUGACUAUGCUGCUAUGAGGAAAUAUCAGAAGACCAAACCUGCAACAUCAAAAAAAGCACUAUUACCAACUCCCUCUAAACCAGCUGCCUCCCCAGUCCCUCAAACAGUUGUAGAUUCUGCCUCCAGUAACAGGACGUCAAGAGAUGGAGAAAAGAUGGCGCAAGUCAGCCUGAACAAAGAAGCACCAAUAGCCAAACCCAGACAACGAGUUGGCGGCACCGAGCCAAAAAAGCAAGAGAAAUCUGCUGUGAAGACCAGCGUGCAGACACCGUCCAGUUCAAGUGUGAGCAAUAAGGACCAGAAGGAACAGGAGAACUCUGCUCAGCCUGAUCAGUUUACAAGUACAGACCUUCUUUCCAAAGACUCAUUGACACAGCUGAGUCAUAACCAAGAAGCAGAUACUUUUACCAGCAAUCUACAAACGGAGCAGAAACCUGAACAUACCAAUUCUGAUAACAACUUAGCUCAAGAAAAAACAGCAGAUUCCUGGAAUGCCAGUAAAACUGACCACAAAAAAACAGAGGAUGAUUCAAAGCUGCUCAGUCCUGCUUUUCAAAGAAACAAUUCACAGAGAGGAAAGAAGAUGCUUCCAUCCAAAACUCCCUCUGAAAAUAAGACUGUGGUUCCUCAAGACGAGCCAGAAUCUAAAGAGGCCAGUCAAGCCUCUUCUGCAAGUACUGUAUCUGCCACGCUGCAGCCACGAACCGAUGUGAAAACACACGUCGGUUUGUAUGCAGGAGAGGAUCCAACCGCUGCUGAAUCUUUUCAUACACCUUCAUCUCUGGCUCCCUCAGGCUCCCUCCCGGUGGUUCUGGAGGAACCAGCGUCUCAGGCAGAAAACUGGUCUGGCGCGAAAACACUGUUGCGAGCUUGGGUGUCACCCUCCGAAGUUCAGCCUGUCAGUACUCAGAAUAGCAGUGGAGGUGGGCUAGCCUUGAAUGCACGCAGGCCUCAUCCUGUGAAGCCCCUGAACUCAGAGAGCCAGCAUCCCACCAGCAGCCCUGCUGUAAAAGAAAUAAAGAUUUGGGACACCACACCUGGAAAGACUAAGGGGGGAGACUCUGGUAGCGGUCCUUACAGUCAGCUGACACAAGAGGAGCUGAUAACGCUGGUGGUCAAACAGCAGACCGACCUGUCCAGGAAGAACGCCAAGAUCGAAGAGCUCGAGGUGUACAUCGACAACCUGCUGGUCCGAGUCAUCGAGGAGCAGCCCUCCAUCCUGCACGCCCUCAACGCUGCCAAGCCCGUGUGACAAAUGAAACCCGUCUUCAGGCCCUAAUCCCAUUUUUUGUGUUUGUAACUGAUUUCACACUGGACUCAAAGGGAUGAAUGUGUUGGAACAUUAUGCACUUUUUUAGUUUCAGAGGUAAAAAGGUUUGAAAGUAGGGGACAAUUAAAAUGUAUCUAAUUUAGCGACAAAUAAUAAGUUUAAAAACCUUUAAGCAAAUGAAUGUAUUUGUUUU